GAAUGGUUGAUAACCUUCCAUUCUUCUACGAGUACCCCUAGGGAAAGAUUUCUUACACCAAGCUGAUGGAAACUUGUAACAAGGAUUACUUGGAUGUGAAGAAUAAGAUGUUGAAAAAGAUUGAGAAGGGAGUAACUCAGAAGGAGGCAAAAUACUCAGCCUACGGCUAUGCUGCAGCGUUGCAGUAUUGGGCAUACGAGGCCAUAUUACAGCUGGGCAACGAGUAUGCAGUGAGGAGGUCGCAUCGCUUUCCGAGAAUGGUCAACUGGGAGAGUAAGCCGAACACUACACUCGGGAAGGAUGAAGUGACCAGAUUAUUUGCUAAAAAUUUGACAGUGUACUCCAUCUUAUGUCCUCGGCCGAACGAGAUUGAGUUUGUGAGUUACAUAACCGGGGGUCAGCCUCCGUUAUUUGUUGACUUGGAGGAACUUGUGUUGGGUGAGGAUGGGCAACCAACACAGGAUACUUUGCGAAGCCAGGCCGAAAAGCUUGCCUCCACAUUGGAAGAACGAGCGGAGGCAGCCCGAAUAUCUAAAGACUCUACACCACCUCCACAGUCUCCUCCACGUGCACCGCCCGCAGUUCCAGAUGGGUCUGGUGUUGACCCAUCUCCAGCUUCAGUUCCUGAUGGGUCUGGUGUUGACCCACUUGCAGUGUCACAGGGUCCUCCUGUUCCCCCGUCAGCUUCUAUUCCCAGCACCUCCGAGGCUCGCGAUCCAGUAUACCCUGCCAUUUUGGCAAGGUUGGAGACUGUGGAGAGGGGGCAGGCCGCUCUGCUAAGAGGACAAACAACGAUUAUGGAUCAGUUGAAGACCAUAAUGACGCUCCUGCAAGAUCCUGGAAGGCCGGCAGCAGAUUCACAGCCACAGCCACAGCCACAGCCACAACCAGAAGAGGAGGCUCAGUCACCGGAAGAUGACUUCAUUCUCCCAAAUGAUUACCAACCGGAUGAUGAUGACAUGUUCUGUACACCUGAGAAGAUGAAUAUCACCAGCAUCGGGGAUACUCAGGAUUCUGAGGUGCAGGUGUUAGAGACAGCUCCAGAAGUCAUGGAGAGCCGGAGGAAGAGAAGGCGGCCUAGGUGGUUCGCUGAGUACACUGAAAUGAAGAAGAAGGCUAGGGCUACUUCGACACUCGUGAAUGCGGACCCACUUAGAGUGGUUGAUCGGAAGCUGCUCAAGACUUUUCACAAUUGGGUACUCGGCCAGAUUGGGAACAAUUACCCGAGAGAGUGCUUCACCGGUCGAUACCAUUCGUCUUGGUUCCUCGAACUGCAUACUCCGAAAUUUUGGCUUGGGAACGAUCAUUUGGAUGCGGCAUUCCAUUUGAUGAGGAGGCGGCAACACUUUUAUCCCGAGUCCUACCCGAAUAGAUGUGUCAUAAUCCCGUGUAUUUUCCCAGCAGGAGUUAUUGCUCGAUGGGAAGCUGCGGGUGAUGACCAGGCUAACUAUCAGUGGGACGAGAGCAUAUUAGAUUUGAUUCGAGGGGAUGAAAGUCAAUUCUUGGCCAGUUGGAAGAACAAGGAGAGAAUAUAUAUGGCCCUCUACUUCGAUGGAGCAAAGCAUUGGGUGGCACUAGAGAUAGAUCUGGAUCAUUGGUUGUUGAACAUAUUUGACUCCAGCCUCGGAUCGAUUUCCCCGAACGAAUUGAACCGUCACCUGGCAAUGUGGGAAAAAUUACUACCAAAUUUGCUGCUGCAGGCUGGCCUAUUCGAGAGUCAUGACAUGAUCCUCGUGCCUCAACUUACCGCCUCAGAGAGCCAGGUCAGAAAUUUCACUUCAAAAGUCAUGGAUCGGGCCGUUGUUCCACAGACAAAGACAAGCGGUAACUGCGGGAUGUACGUGAUAGAGCACAUCGAGCAUAGUAUGCUGGAGACUACGUUUGAUAAUGUGCACGAUGAGAAUAUGAAGAAAUUUAGAGAGCGGUGGUGUGUAGAUUUGUUUUACCAGAAUUUAGCAUGAGCAAAUGUUUUUUUUUAUUUGGUAUUUAUUAAGAUAACAAUGUAACUGGUUUUUGUUUAUUGGUAUGUUUAUGUUUUUUCAAGAGUUCAUACAAAUUUUACGCCUUUCUUUCGUGCAACAAAUUAUAAUAAUUAUGUAAACAUAAAAUAUCACAAAUUCUAAUGUUUAAAAUAGUCCAACAUUAAUUCAAUAACAAUACAUAAUAGUCCAACACAUCACGAUACAAAUAAACUAAAAUAACAUUUUUAACCUCGGUAGUUGCAAGUGCUUCUGUUGUGCCCCUUGGCACCGCACAUGCUACAAUUUCGCGAUUUAAUAAUCCUUUCACCGUUACAAGCAGUUCGGUUGUUCUUAAUUCUUCCAACCUUUUGCUUCUUGGGUCGCCCUACUGGUUGCUUCUCAACAGGCACUCCAACUGUCAUGUUCUUGAUGUCAUCAGGCAAUUCCCAAUCAUCCUCGUCACCAACUGGCAUAAUUGUUCCUUCAUAUAUCCUCCUCCAAUAUUCAGUUGUGUAAUAUGGCGAGCAUAGUGUGUACGCGCUAAUACUUCGCUCCUGAGAUGCAGCACAUGCAUGAGGACAAGGAAACUUCAUGCACUGGAACAAGCCGCAAGUGCAAGUAUGUUCCUGCAAGUCCACUACGCCACCGGUCAUAACUGUUCCUCCAGGGUGAACCUGCAACGUGUAAGGCCCGCAUGAGUCAACGUUCAAAUACCGACCUUUUUCAAAAUGCAAUGUCAAGUCCUCCUCCAUUUCUGGUGCUAGGGGUUUCGUCCACUUGUCAGCUUUUUCUUUUCGUGAAGCAAACCACUUCUGGACUUUGGACCUCAGGAAUGCUACAGCAGCAGUAAUCGGGAAGCCUCUUGCAUCCUUAGUUGUGUUGUUGAAGCUCUCAGCCCAGUUGCUCGUCAUUACAUUGUAACGCACCCCUGGAAAGUACGACCAGACCCAUUUUUCAAAUCCAAUUUCCUCAAGAUAUUGUGCAACCGCUGGAUUCAUGGCCCGAAUGUUCUCAAAUUCUCUGUGAAACUCUGAUCUUGAAUACGUGUACGCACACGUGUAAAUGUGAUUCGUGAAGACGUCAGUCUUGAACUUGUGGUUGACGUUCAUAAUAAUGUGGUGGUAGCAUGCACCGUGGUGUGCAUCAGGGAACACGAUAUCCAAAGCACGAACAAUGCUUUGAUGCCUAUCUGAAACAAAAGCUAAGUUCUCAACAUCACCAAUCAUUUCUUUCAAUUUUCUCAUAAAAUAGGUCCAGGAAUUGUGGUUUUCACUGUCAACUAUAGAAAAAGCUAUCGGAAAGAUAUGACUCCCUGCAUCCAAAGCCACUGCACACAACAUUUUCCCACCAUACCUAGUCUUCAAGAAAGACCCAUCAACGCAUAUAACAGGUCGACAAAACCUAAACCCCCGAAUAGAAGGACCCAGAGAGAAGAAACAAUACUUGAAGCGACCAUCUUCUACCACAAAAUCCGUGAUGGUACCUGGAUUCCGCAACUGUAGCAUGUGCAAGUAACUAGGUAAUUUCGAGUACGAAUCUUCAGGUGUACCCCGAACUAGGUGUAGUGCCUUCUCUCUGCACAUCCAUGCCUUUUCGUAACUCAUUUGGAUCCCGUAAUCCUUGUGCAUACUUUUUCUUAUAUCAGAGGGCAACUGAUCCGAGCCGUCAGUUGCGAACUUAUCCUUAAUUAGAUGGGCAACUAUUACAGGUGAUGCUUGACGGUUAUCUUUUCCUCGAAGAUCAAGGGAACAUGUAUGUACAUUAUGAAAUGUACUCACCUCAAACAUGUUAGAAAGUACGUUCUUCUUCACUCUUAAUCUCCACCCACAAUCUGUAUCCUUACAUGUGACGUACCAAAUAUCAGUACCGGACUUCCUAACGUAGUAGUCAAACCCUUUCUUCAUUGCAUACAGGCCAACAACCAUCUUUAAAUGCUCUUUGUCUCUAAAAAACUUUUCCACAUGUAACUCCCCGCCUGGUGUGCCACCCGUAGAUAUAUAAUGACUAUGAUCCUCGAUGUCUUCUCUUAUAUACAUUUUCUCCUUGAAUUUACCGUAACUUGUCGAAGAAGAAAAUGGAUCGCUCCAUCCAGUCACAUUGGUACCUCGAGCAUCAGUAGGACCACUAAUAUCAUUGGUCUCUCUACCAUUAUUAGGACCUGUACUGUCAGUAGUUCCUCUAGCAUGACUGGUUUCGCCUCAACGACUACUACUAGUAACAGGUGUUUGGCAAUUUUCUCUACGGGGCAUUCUUUUCCGUGUCGGUGGCCUCGGUGGUAUUUGGUACGAUAGUGGAGUCAAGUUCAAAGGUACAGCAGCAGAGGCCUCUGUACCUUGGUCGUCUCUUACGCCAUCAUUGCCCUCAACAUAACAUUCAGGGUCUGGACCAUUAAAAAAACCAUCGAUGAACGGCAUUUGUGCUACAAUAUCAGCACUCGGCAUCAUAUUGUUUAAUUCAGGUAAUACAUCUGCAACCAACACCUCUGGAUUUGUUUUUGGAACAAAACUCCCAACCUCGCUACGAUUAUCCUUAACAGAACUUGGUGUGGGACUAGGAUCGACGCAAACAUUCUUCUUUAACAAAGUCACAAACAAAGGAGUAAAUUCAUCUGGCUUCUUCGCAAGUGUAGAUAAAAAGUACCUUGCACGCUUAUCAUUUCCAAUAACUUCAGGGCGAUACUCAAAGCCUUUCUUGUACUUGUAAUGUACUUCCAAUUUCAAGUCAUACACCACUUUGUCGACAUCCAGUUCUUCGUACAAAACAUCAACCAAACCUGAGUAGCUUAGGUUCGGAUCAAUGUCAAAUGUCAAAUUAUCGCCCCGUUUAUAAACCCAAUCUCUACCAUCAAACUCCCAAACACCAUUAUACAUAACACACGCAUUAACAGUUAAACCUGUCACAUACAUUUAAAAAAACACAGUUAUAAUUUACAACAAAAAUCUCACCGAAAAAAAAUCUUAACUAAUCAUUAAUAACAAAACAAUAAUAAUUAAUUGAUAAUAAAAUAAUAAUUCAUAAUUCAUAAUAAAACAAUAAUUAAUAAUUCAUAAUAAAAAAAUAUUUAAUAAUUAAAAAAUAAUUAUUAAUUGAUAAUAAAAUAUAAUUAAUAAUUAUUACUCAAACCAUAAAAAAUAAACAAUAAUUAAUAAUAAUUCAUAAUUUAUAGUUAAUAAAAUAACUAAAAAAAAUUAAUUCUUAAAACAUUAACUAAAAUAAUAAUUAAUAACUAAUAAUUAUUAAUAAAAAAAUAAUUAAUAACACAAAUAAUAAAUCAAUAUAAAAUAAAUUAAUAAUAAUAAAUAAAAAAUAAUAAUAGAUUAAAAAACAAAAAAAUCCCGUAGGGUCCGAUUGGUCCGACCAUCGGACCCCAACCGAUCGGACCUUAUAUUAAAAAAUUUUAAAAAAAAUAAAAAAUUCAAAAAAAAAAAAUUGGGUCUGAUGGGUCCGAUGGUCCGA